GGGUUACCGUGGUCGCAAGUUCGUACCAUACGAGGAUACUGCUUCGAAACCAUUCCCAUGAAGACCGAUGCGUUCUCAUCCUAACGCUGGACUUCGUUCCAAUAGUUUCAUCUACGCCAAAGCCCUCCGCACCUUGUAUCUUUGUUGCAUCCCGGUCCUCACUAGGAAGCAAAUUGUAAAUAUUUAGGCUAGGGCGAUGCCGCUCCAACAGACCUUAAAAAUGCGUCCAGCACUUGGACUGCUGGCUGCUGUCCAGCAACUUGCAAGCUUCACCGUGAACCCAACCACCUGCACAGCACACGCUGCGAACGUCGUCCACGCAAGCCUCUCCAUCCCGGCAGACGCCAACAGCAACCUUGCUCCUCAUCCCAACCCCAGCCCAUGCAGCUCUCUACCCGCGCUCGCCCGCCUCCUGUCCUCCCAACCCCUGCCUCUCCUCGCUUCCACUUCGGCUUCGUCACCACGCACCUUCUCCGCCCCUUCCACCCCCGCCAUUUCCUCCUCCUCCUCUUUCCUGCCACACUCCUACAUCUCCCUACGCUACAUGACGCGCGCCCAACGCCACACCGACACGCCGCCCUCCUCAUCUGCCCCUCCCACUCCCACUUCCGCUGCCCCCACUGCUUCACCGCCACAAGCCGCAGCCCCCAGCGCCCCCGCCACCCCGGUCCCCAAGGAGCGGGAGGCCCACAAGGAGAAGGACAAGGAGGCCGCCAAGCACGCAGCUCCCAAGGAGAAGGAGCUGCACCUCAAGCCACGCAUCGCGGAGCACGACCUGGCCACCAAGCUGCGCAAGGCGGAGGGCUGGCUGGCGGAGGGACACAGGAUCCAGCUGGUGGUCGAGUACAAGGGCGAGGAUCAGCAGCAGGCGGCUGCGGCGCUCUCCGACUCCGUGUUGGCUCGGCUGGCGGGCAAGGGGCAGGCCAGCAAGCCGCGGCAGCUGGUGAAGAGCAGCUGGGUGGUGCUGGUGAGGCCCGCGCCGCCGCCCAAGCAGCCCAAGGAGGGCUCGGGCGCGAAGGAGGCCGGGGCGAAGGAGGCUGGAGGCGCGAAGGGCGGCAAGGAAGGCAAGGAGCAGCACAAGCAGGCAAAGGGGAAGGAGGGGGCGGCGCCCGCGGCGUAGGGCGGGGGGUGUAGGAGCGAGCUAGGAGGGGGCGGGCGAGCUAGGAGUUAGCGAGAGGGAGACGAGCUGCAGCGGUCGUCUUUCCCGUCGUCGUUGCCGGUAAUGCUGUUGUUAUUAUCCUGCUGUCAUACGGCCAGUACGGACUGCCGUUGUUGUGGAUUGUGGUGGUUGGUGCUGGCGGUAUCCCGGUGUGCUAUCAAGCGCCGCCGUCCCGCCAUGCGAUGGAGCGCGUCUGGGUGGACGUCAGGUGAAGGCCCGGUACAUGCGAAGAAAUUGGCAGAACUGAAGUAAACUGAAUAUCUGUAGGAGAAGAAAUGAGCACACGAUGUGUAAGUUGUGUUAAUGGUUGGCUAUUGCGAUCGGCUAUGGCGAUCGGUGUGCGGCGGCGAUGGAGGUGAUGGUUUGGGGGGAUCUUACGGGUUGCGGGUUGCGGGUUGGGCCGUUCGUACGUCUUACAUGGCAUGGCCGCAACCAGAGAGCAGUGGGAGAGCGGUGCCCCUGGUGGGUGGGGGUUGCUGAUCGGUGCAGGGAUCGGUGCCGUGUUGACACAUGCGCGCGUGGGAUGCAGUGGGAGACCGGGCGGAGGUGAAGGCGCUCUCGGGGUGAUCAGGCGGGGCUGAAGGGGGCCGCAGCUUUGGGGUCGGGCGGGGCGAGUAGGUGGGAACUGGGAAGUGCGCGGAAUUGAUGCGUGUUUGAUGUCAACGUGGACUCUCUCUUCCAUGCCCAUGACAUGGCCUGAUGGCUUGAUGCGAAAAGCAGUGAGCCGACGGGGAGGGGCUGUCGAUGGUUGGUGGUUAUUGCUGGCGUAAGCUGAACGUUCACUGCUAUGACCGGAGUAAGCACGGGGUGUUGCAACGUUGGGUCCAUGCGUUUCCUCUUGAUCACUACAGAGCAGCCCUUCCUGUCGCUGUAGCGCAUAUUGCUGGUCUGCGCGGUGGCCACGAGCAGCUGUAAUGUCGCUCUGGACCUGGCACGGAUGCCAGUACAUGCCGUACAAGGCCGUAAGUGAGAUGUGAGUUAGGCGCUCAAAAGUAAAUUUGAUAAAACGUUACAUACUUACAAGCCUACUCUGACUCCUGCCAGGCAUUUGGGUUGGAGAUAAGGCGCACCGUGCCUCUGCAAGCCAAACAUUUUGAAGUGCCCUGAAACUACAGAUAUUGCUUUAUAAUAUUGAGGCAUUGCUGAACGACACAUAGAAUAAUAGACUUCGUUGGUUCGGUGCUCGAUCUUUAGUGAAGAUGAGCGCGAGCGUUAUGCUGCAGCGGCGCUUGGGCGUGGCGUGCAAGCCUGAGCGGCAAGCAGCCUUCGUUAGGCCAUCAGUGAUCACAGCGCAGCGUCUAAGGGGGCCUGCUUCUCUUCUCUCGGAGCGCCGGAGCUUCGCUGGGGCGACCGCUGAGCCGGGCCCCAGGCCAAUCGAGCCUUGCCAAUCAGCAACAGCUAGCAUUCCUCUGAGCGAUUCAGAUGCCACACCAGAGCCCAACGUGCUGCUGUCAAAGAUUCGUGCGAUCGCAUUCUUUGCAUGGAGCUUUAUGCUAUCACUGCCUCUGUUCAUGACCAUGGUCGUCAUGUCGCCUUUCGUGCUUGCGUUUGACAAGUACAGGCGGUUAGCACAGCACUUUGUGAACAACAUCUGGGCCUGCGUCAGCACCGCACCCUUCUACAGAGUUACGAUCGAGGGUCGUGAGAACCUGCCACCCCCCGACAGGCCGGUGGUGUACGUGGCCAACCACCAGAGCUUCCUGGACAUCUACUCUCUCUUCCACCUGCAACGACCCUUCAAGUUCAUUUCCAAAACAAGCAACUUCAUGAUCCCAAUCAUUGGCUGGAGCAUGUUCCUCACAGGCCACGUGAUGAUCAACCGUGUGGACCGGCGCUCGCAGCUCAAGUGCCUGCAGCAGUGCCGCGACCUGCUGGCGCAGGGGGCACCCGUGCUGUUCUUCCCGGAGGGCACCCGCAGCCUGGACUGCAAGCUGGCGGGUUUCAAGAAGGGCGCCUUCAGUGUGGCUGUGAAGGCGGGGGUGGACGUGGUGCCGGUGACGCUCAUUGGCACAGGCGCCCUCAUGCCCUCCGGCAAGGAGUCCCAGCUGCGCUACGGCCCGGGUGCUCGCGGGGUGCGCAUCGUGGUGCACCCGCCGCUGCCCACCACCACCCCGGGCGGCGGCAGCCGGGACGCGGACGAGCUGUGCGAGGCGGCGCGGGCGGCGGUGGCGUCCGCACUGCCCCCGGAGCUGGUGGGCAGCAGCAGCACCAUGCUGCCGGACGAGUGAGCGGAAAGGAGGUGUGCAUGGAAGCAUAGGAGGGAAGCAUGGAUGAAGUAUGGAAGUAUGGAUGGAUGAAUGGAGGGAGGGAGGAGAGAAGGAGUGAGUGAAUGAGAGUGUUGAAUGGAUAGUGAUUGGGAAGGGGGGAGUCGCUGGGGAGUGAGGGGCAGGGGCGGGAGAGUGGGGAGGCGUGUGUUAAGUGAAGCUGGCCGCGGGUCGGAACGUACUGUGAUUGGCGUGUGUGUUAAGAAAACUGGCGUGUGCGUGGGGGGGCUUGGGCGGCCGGUUGGGAGAGGAGUGCUGGAGGGAGGUGAGGACGAGGGAGCGGAGGAGCUGGUGGCGUGUGGCAUGGCAGCCCGAGGCUGGAGUGCAUGGUAACACCCCUGGUGGGACUCAGCGGGCCGCGGCUCUGCAGCUGCAGCCCAUGUGAUGGUGAUGGGUGUGAUGCUGGUAUGGGUUGCAGAGUCACCGUGAUGCGGGUGUUGAAGGCCAGAGAGGCGUCUUUGUGGGACACAUGGCUCUAGACACGGCUCCAGACGCUUCCGUAACUCCGAAAGUGCACGUGCCGUGUCGUCAAAGCUCAGCAGAUCUGAAUAGUAAGGUAACGGUUACCCCGACACAUAUGCGGU